AUGGAGGCGGGGUCCGGGGUGUCGGGGGUCCCUGGGGUCCCCGGGGUCCCGGAGGUGGUGUACCGCCUGUCCGGGGCCCUGGGCACCGAGCUGCAGGCACUGGCUCGGCGGUUCGGUCCGGAGGCGGUGGCGGGACUGGGCCCGCACCUGGUUCUGGCCCUACAGCUGCUGGAGGAGGCCUCCACACGAGGGGAGCUCUCAGGAGCUUCUCGUCCUCCUCCCCCCUGCCAGGUGUCCGCGCUGCGGGCCCAACUCGGGCGGCUGCGCGAGGAGAACGAAGCGCUGCGCGGCCGGCUGCGGGACGGCGCGGAAGAGGAGAGGGCCCUCUUGCGGCGGAUGAAGGAAGUGACGGACCGCCAGCGGGACGAGCUCAGAGCGCAGAGCCGGGACCUGCAGCGGCAGAGCCGGGAGGCCGAGGCGUUGCAGGAGCAGCUGCAGCGCCUCUUGCGGGUGAACGGAGAACUGCGGGCCAAGCUGGCGGCGGUGCAGGCCCAGCUGCGCAGCGCCCUCCAGCGGGCGGAGCAGGCGGAGCUGGGGGCGGUGCGGGAGGCCCAGCCGCGCAGCGCCCUCCAGCGGGCGGAGCAGGAGGGGCAGGAGGCCCAGCCGCGCAGCGCCCUCCAGCGGGAGGAGCAGGCGGGGCAGGAGGCCCAGUCGCGCAGCGCCCUCCAGCGGGCCGAGCUGGGGGAGGUGCAGGAGGCCCAGCCGCGCAGCGCCCUCCAGCGGGCGGAGCAGGCGGGGCAGGAGGCCCAGCCGCGCAGCGCCCUCCAGCGGGCGGAGCAGGCGGGGCAGGAGGCCCAGCCGCGCAGCGCCCUCCAGCGGGAGGAGCAGGCGGGGCAGGAGGCCCAGUCGCGCAGCGCCCUCCAGCGGGCGGAGCUGGGGGAGGUGCAGGAGGCCCAGCCGCGCAGCGCCCUCCAGCGGGCGGAGCAGGGGGCGGUGCAGGAGGCCCAGCCGCGCAGCGCCCUCCAGCGGGCGGAGCAGGGGGCGGUGCAGGAGGCCCAGCCGCGCAGCGCCCUCCAGCGGGCGGAGUGGGCGGUGCAGGAGGCCCAGCCGCGCAGCGCCCUCCAGCGGGCGGAGCAGGCGGAGCUGGGAGCGGCGGCCCCGACUCCGGGGAUCCCGUGGACCCAGGCGACCCGGACCCAGGAAACCUGUUCAGGGGUGGUGGGCACAGAGCCCCCUGCCCAAGGCGGAGCAGAGGAGCGAGGCGUAUUCACCCGGGAGGAGCUGCAGCGGGUCCUGCAGGAACGCAACGAGCUCAAAGCCAACGUCUUCCUGCUGCGGGAGGAACUGGAUUAUUACCAGCGAGAGCUGUUGGCUAGUCCCGCCAUCCCAGGGCUACUCCUGGAAGCCAUGAAGCUGGCCGUGAAGAAGCAACGGAGGAAAAUCAAGGCCAAGAUGCUGGGGACCGUGGAGGAGCCGGGAAGCAGUGACGACGACGAUGGGGUCUGGCUGCCGCCACCCAGCGAGAGUGAGGGGGGUCCAGGGCCCCCCGAAUCCAGAAUCCGAAGCUUCUUUAGCCUGUGGUAUCGCGGCAGCACAGAGUCGUCCUCAUCAGAGUGCCCAGCUGAGGGUGUCGUGGUUAAGCCCCCCCAGGAAGACAAGGUGCCGCCAUCACCUCCUGAGCCCUCUGCCACCUCCCCGAGCCCCGACCGGGCCCCCGGUUCCCUACCCACCCCCUGAGCCCAGGCCGGCCUGCCCCAACUCUCAUGGAGGGAAAGACCCCUGUGCUCUCCAGAGGCCUUCCCUCUGCUACCAGGGCAGCGUUUCCUGACCCCAGCCUCGGCUCCAAGCCCCUCCUCAGGACCAGUCUCGUCCUUGGAGGGGGGAGACAAAGGACUUCGGGGCAGCCUCAGCCUCCCAUCUGGAUGGAGGUCAGCGGGCCGAGGAGCCGGCCCGUCUAAGCCCCCCGGGGACCCGGCUCAGGGAGCCAGUCGACAGCCGGCCCCGAGCCCCCAAGGGCCGGGCUCGGGAUGGAGGGAGGACAAGAACCGGACCCUGCCCGCAAGGCUUCUGGCGUAAAGACGAAGCGUCACAGAUGUACUAUGCGGCCGCAGGGAGGGAUGGAGCUGCUGGCCGUUUGUGACCAUUUUGGCCCUAAACCCAGUUCUCUGCCCAGCCUGCUGUGCUACCGCAUGAAGGGAGAUUAAAAAUUCCCAAGGGUGAUGUGCUGUUUCUGGUCACUUUGGAGGUGGGGUGCCCGGUUUCUCACACUGGGUCCCAGCACCCUGGCAACGGAGGGCUGGGACGGGCACUCUCUUGGGGCUCUACACUAGUGCACCCCGAGUUUGCCCCAGCGGUUUGCUGACAGAUUAAGGCCCAAGAAACAUUACGAGUUCAGCUGGCUGGGGCUGGCAGGGGAGAGAGGCCGGGACCUCCUUCACAGCGAGACUUCAACAUCGCAGGAUCCACAGUCACCGACCUGUAGGGGACUUCUUUUGGCCGGUAAUCACUCUUUACUUCAUUAAAGGUUUCAGUUCCAGCACCUGAGACAUUGACACUGCAAAGACUUACUCUA